CAGAAUUCCUGAUUUCCCACCAUCUUCCAAUUCCAACGAACCGUCUCCAGGAAAAAAGAAAACUCUCCGAUAGAAAACAGCAGCCAAGAAACGCCGACGGCAACGGCCACGGCCACCAAGCGAUCGCGGUAUGGCGGUGGAGGAUUCGCAGAAGACGGCGGCACCGACCUCCGAAGAGGUCGCCAAUGCUAACCCUAAGCCGCAUGGCGACGACGUCGCCGGGAGCGACGUUGUGCCGGAAGGAGGAGAGAUCGUCGGGGACAGUGACGGCUCGUCCAAGAAAUCAAGCGCCGUGCCUUAUCAGCCGCACCUGCUCGAAAACCAGUGGACUUUCUGGUUCGACAAUCCAUCCGCCAAGUCCAAGCAAACCGCCUGGGGGAGCUCCAUGCGCUCUAUUUUCACCUUCUCCACAGUGGAGGAAUUCUGGAGUGUCUACAACAAUAUUCGUCAUCCAAGCAAGCUCACUGUGGGAGCAGACUUCUACUGCUUCAAGUCCAAGAUUGAGCCGAAGUGGGAGGACCCUAUUUGUACUGGUGGAGGAAAGUGGACUGUGACUUUCGGGAAAGGGAAAUCUGAUACCAGCUGGCUAUACACACUGCUAGCAAUGAUUGGGGAGCAAUUCGAACAUGGAGAAGAGAUUUGCGGUGCCGUCGUCAAUGUGAGGGCUAAGCAGGAGAAGAUUUCUCUUUGGACCAAGAAUGCUUCAAAUGAAGCCGCUCAGCUGAGCAUCGGGAGACAAUGGAAGGUUUUCCUCGACUACAAUGAUGUUAUUGGGUUCAUAUUCCAUGAUGAUGCAAAGAAGCAUGACAGAGGUGCCAAGAAUCGCUACACUAUCUGAGCUGUUGAAUCUCGUCUCUGAGAGCAUUGAAAUCCUGUCAUGGAAGUCUCUUUCCUGGCUUGGGGACAAUUAGGGGUAGAUUCUUUUGUCAUGUGACUGAAGUUCCAUUUCGUGUCGUAAUUUUGGCUCUCUUACCUUGAGAUGCAGUAGUUUGCAGGAAGUAGGGAUAUAUAUAGCUUUACAGAGUUCCAACUUCCAUGCAACCAAAUUUUGGCUUCAAAUAUAACGGUCGCUGUUGUUUGAAAAUACUCAGACCUUGUUCUUCUAAACUACCAGUACGUUAUAGUUUUGAACACCGAAUGAAACACAACUAGUUCA